AUGGCCUCACAGCCCAAUUCCUAUGUCCGUCCCAUAAGCUCGAAGCCGAGAUAUACGCCAUAUGAUGCAGCAGCAAGGCCAAAAGCACUCGGGGGCGUUCCUAUGGAUCACACGUGGUCUGAUAUCUCGACAAGUAGUGAGCUCUCGAAUACUACAACAUACUCUGUGCCUUCGAGUUGUACGACAAUGGAGCUUGAUCAUCAAGGUGAUUUAGCACCCACGUUUGGCGCUGGGUACUCUAAUGAUGAGGCCCAAGUUGAGUUGGGGGGUCCCUCCAACACUGGAUAUUCUAACGAGAUCCUCAAUUACGACGCACCCCAAAGUAUUCCUUUCACAGCUAUCACGGAAUCGAUGCCCUUCAGCUUUCAGAGUCAGCGACCGACGCCUUUGGGACUCGAGUGGAUGGGAAACAUGAAAGUGUUAGACUUCUACGACCUUGUGGUUGAAAAGUCGAAAGAGCCAUACCUUGUCCUUCGCGAUGAGUUUCCGGAAUAUCCACGGACUCCUCGAAUAGUGUAUCUUGAUAGAGACAUGGGGCAGGCUGCUAGAAAAGACUACCAUCCAUGCCAGUUCCCUGACAACCGCUGCUGGAAGAGAGGGAAGACGGCCACUCGUCCUGUUUUUCGAAGGCCAGCAGAUCUCGAGCGGCACUACGUUGUUGUGCAUGCGUCUGCCCAAUCCUUCCCAUGCGACUACCAGCGAUGUAAUCGCAAACGCAAUGCAUUUACCCGCAAAGACCACUGCCGCGACCACUUCAAAGAAUUUCACAAGGAGGACAUCGGCCAUUGCAAGGGCGAGAAAUCAGCCAAGAAUAAGGCAGAGCGGCAGGCAAAGGAGCAGGCAUGGUUAGAUGAACGCAAAAUCGAUCCGAAGUGGUGGCGGUGCGCCAAGUGUCUUGAAAGGGUUCGGGUGGCCAAGGCUGGGUGGCAGUGCUCCAGCUGCAAGCGCGACUGCGAGCCACAUCGAAAGAAGGCUCGCUUGGGGCAACAAGUGGGAGCUGACGUAUACGACUUGGAAAUGGAGAUGUCUCGUCAAGCUUCAUUAUCCACCUACGGCAGCGGCGAAUCCCAACUCAAAGUUGCCGGCACCGCUGAUAUGUACGACGUGGGAAUUGAGACGACGCAUCCAGCACCGUCCUCCCCCUACGAUAGUGACGAAGGCCUACAAAGCAUGGCUGGAGGCUCAGAAUCGCAACGCAACUUCGAUGAAUAUGAACAAUACCCAAGGGAGGCUUGCAUGGAUCACUUAGCAGAAGCCGCUGAUGUGUACGACAUGGGAUAUAAGGCGUCACCUCAGGUAUCAUCGCAGACCUAUGAUGGUCAAAAAUACCUGCAAGACUUGGUCGGAGAUUCAGAAUCAUACAGUCAGUACCAUAACUACCCAGAGCAGUUACAAUUUGAUGAUGUGACCUGGUCAUCUCCUCGUCCCUGGUGA